GUGGAGGCGGCGACUUGUACUUGUAAGGCUUAUGGGGCGGCGGCGGUGGUGGAGACUUGUAAACCGGCGGUGGCGGUGGUGGAGACUUGUAAACUGGUGGCGGUGGUGACUUGUACUUGUAUGGCUUAUGGGGCGGCGGUGGUGGUGACUUGUAAACCGGUGGAGGUAGUGGCGGCGACUUGUGGACGGGUGGUGGAGGUGGCGACUUGUACUUGUAUGGCUUAUGAG